UACGUAACGUUGCAGGACCGAAGCAGUUCCGCUGCCUAGUGUGUACGCGGCGAGCCAGUCCUGGCGCCGCCCGCUCGGCUCUUUUAGCGCCAGCGAUAGCGGUCCGGACGCCGCAUGAACAUGGACUCCGCCGGCCAAGAUAUCAACCUGAAUUCUCCUAACAAAGGUCUGCUGUCUGAUUCCAUGACCGAUGUCCCUGUCGACACAGGUGUGGCUGCCCGGACUCCUGCUGUUGAGGGUCUGACAGAGGCUGAGGAGGAGGAGCUCAGGGCUGAGCUGACAAAGGUGGAAGAGGAAAUUGUUACUCUACGCCAGGUCCUGGCAGCCAAGGAGAGGCAUUGCGGAGAGCUCAAGAGGAGGCUGGGCCUCUCCACCCUGGGGGGCUUGAAACAGAACCUGUCCAGGAGCUGGCAUGAUAUGCAGGUCUCUAACGCCUAUGUGAAAACUUCUGAGAAACUUGGAGAGUGGAAUGAGAAGGUGACCCAGUCAGACCUCUACAAGAAGACUCAGGAAACCCUUUCACAGGCGGGACAGAAGACUUCAGCUGCCCUGUCCACAGUGGGCUCUGCCAUCAGCAGGAAGCUUGGAGACAUGAGGGCUCAUCCGUUCUCACACUCCUUUAGCAGCUACUCCAUCCGCCACUCAAUAAGUAUGCCAGCCAUGAGGAACUCUGCAACCUUCAAGUCAUUUGAGGACCGAGUUGGGACCAUAAAGUCUAAGGUUGUGGGUGACAGAGAGAAUGGCAGUGACAGCCUCCCUUCCUCAGCGGGGAGCAGUGACAAGCCUCUGUCGGAUCCCGCACCUUUCUAAGCCUGAGGUUGCUUCGCCUACCGCAGAGCACACGCAGCACACCCUCAGCAACGCAGCCGCAGCUCUGCGCAGCCAGCCAGGCGGAUGAGCAGAGCUGGCUUGGAGGACAGUCCUGCCCAUCCACAGGGAGAUGUAGCUGCUGCGUUCGCAUGAAUUAGAGAACACAGUCUUGUACACAGACAUUUUACACUAAAGUUUAUAAUGAAGCAGAUCACUGCUGUGUCCUUCCUAGGGGUGCAGGAAGUGGAUGGGGUGGAGGCUUUCAGAGGAUUGAGCCAAAACCCAGGCUCCCUUUGGGAAUCUUGCUAGCCCAUCAGAAUGUUGAAGAAUUGAAGAGUCCUAAGCAUAAAAUAAGUGGCAUUUUCUGACCCCUUCCUCCUCCUCCUUCCCUGACUCUCAGAAGGAAUGCAAUAACCCAGCAAGUCCUACCUGCCGCAAUUUUUUGAUCUCAAAAUGCUAAACCAGAAAACUGUUUUGAGACCCCCCCCAGAAAGGAAACUGAUCAGCAGCAGCUGCCUAACUGUUCCACUAAUCUAGCUUUAACAGAAGCAAAUUCAUUAUUUUUUGAAUGCAGUGGACUUUUCAAGAAUUAAAAUUAGGCAAAGCAGCUUUAGCCUCAUAGAGAAUAUUAUUUCUUCAGACUCAAGCUGAAAUACAAGCCUUACAUUGCCUUAUGCUUUAUUUCUUUGUAAUUUUUAUAUGUAUAUAGGUGAGGGUUCCUUAAUGGUUUUGAGCACAGUGGGCAAUUUUACACCUAGCCUGCGUGGCAGCCUGUUCAGUUGGGUGUUUUAUUUCAUGCACACUCCAUCCCAGUUUACAAAACCUGCCUAUCUUCUCAACCUUGUCUGCUCCCACUGGCUGCCCCGCUCUGCCCCAAAGAGCUUAAGCUGCUGGGGAUGGGAGGGGCCAAGAGAAGGAAAAGCUUGUCUUUAGCACCCUUUAAAAAAGCUGUGCCCCUUCACAGUGCUGCCUCUGCAUGGGCCUGGCCCGGCUGGCUGGCACUCGUCAGUGACUCCAGCCGGCCUGUUUGAUGCACUUGGGAUGAAACGACCCCACAGGUCAGAUGGAGGGUGGGGCAUGGUCAUCAGCCAGGAUUGCUGUCGCCUUUUCUCAUGAGCUACAAAGAUCUCUUGUUUUUAAGCGGUCAGACCCCGACAGCUUCUCUCACACCGGGGCCCCGCGUGUCGGGUGGCAUGGUCUGCAGGGGCAGCUCUGUGCCUUAGUGGCUCUUGGAAGGAUGAUGAGGGCUUGCCUGCUGUGUACACGGCUCUACCACUCCUGGGGGGAAGGGCUGCUCAGCUUAAGGUGCUCUACUUGUAGAGCUUGUGUCCUCUGACAGUCGUGUCCCCAGACAGUUCAGACACCCUUGGGGACGGCACUCCACACACGGUAAAGACGCAGGGGCUGGGGAACCCCAGCCCUAGGUGCCCUUUGUCCAGGGUUAAAAUCAGCCUGUGGGAUGUGGUGAGAAGGUGGGCUGCACAGGUGUAACUGAUGUAUCUUUUCCCUAAAGUUGUAAUAAUGGGUAAUUUGUCAAUAAAGCAUUCCUUGGAGGAAAGUC